AAUAAGCUUUAUUAAUUGUAUAUAAGUUUCAAGGAAAAUGAAAACCUUUUUUAAGGCAAGUUGCUUGUUUCUAAUCCUAUGCUUUCUAUUAUCCUUUAAUGAUGAUCUAUCUCUUCCACUUCUCUUUUUCGUUUCUCUUUUAUCUCUCUUUCCCUUAGUUAUUAACACAUGGUUAGUCCCUGGCGGGUUUGCAUGGAGAGAUUCUAAGCUAAACCCUAGUAAAAUCCCUGGUCCGGUCGGUUGGCCUUUCCUAGGGAUUUUACCUAAAAUGGGUUAUCAUGCUCAUCGGAAACUUGCCUCAAUGGCUAGCUCGAUGGAUGCAACUCGUCUUAUGGCAUUUAGCCUUGGCUCAACUCGUGUUGUUAUUACCAGCCACCCUGAGACUGCAAAGGAAAUAUUAAGUGGUAGUGCCUUUUCGGACCGUCCUAUAAAGGAAUCCGCAAGUUUGCUCAUGUUUGAACGAGCUAUUGGGUUUGCACCAUCGGGGAUGUAUUGGAGACAUCUAAGGAGGAUUGCCUCAAACCACAUGUUCUCUCCCAAAAGAGUUUCGGGUCUCGAAUGGGUUAGACAACAAGUGUGCAAUGAAAUGGUCGAAAAGGUGUCAAAAGAGAUGAUGGAGAGAAGGAUUGUGGAGUUGAGAGGGAUAUUGCAAAAAGGUUCUUUGAGAAAUGUCAUGGAGAGUGUGUUUGGAUGUGGUUUAGGAAUUGAAAAAGAAGAAGAAUUAAGGUUUAUGGUGAAAGAAGGGUAUGAGUUGAUAGGUGAAUUUCAUUGGGGUGAUUAUUUUCCAAUUAGGGUUUUGGACUUUAGUGGGGUCCGAAGGAGGUGUCACAAGUUGACUAUAAAAGUCAAAAAUCUCAUAGGUCAAAUUAUUGAAGAAAGAAAAAGAAAUUUUGAAGGUGUUGACAAUGGGCAGAAUGAUUUUCUUAGUAUAUUGUUGUGUUUGCCUAAUGAGGAUCAACUCACACAUGAUGAUAUGUUGGCUGUUCUAUGGGAGAUGAUCUUUCGAGGAACAGAUACAGUUGCCAUCCUUCUCGAAUGGAUCAUGGCGCGAAUGGUGUUGCACCAGGACAUUCAAGCAAAGGCGCAACAUGAGAUUGAUGAGCAUGUGGGCAGCAGACACAGACGACAUGUUCAAGAUUCUGAUAUCCCAAAUCUAUGUUAUCUUCAAGCCAUUGUCAAAGAAGUCCUAAGGUUGCACCCCCCUGGCCCAUUACUCUCCUGGGCUCGUCUAGCAACCGUUGAUGUACACGUUGCUAAGUUUUUCAUCCCAGCGGGGACAACCGCAAUGGUUAACAUGUGGGCCAUCACACAUGACUCCUCCAUAUGGAAAAAUCCAUGGGAUUUCAACCCGGAUAGGUUCAUGGAAGAAGACUUCCCAAUCAUGGGUUCUGACCUUAGGCUCGCACCGUUUGGUUCUGGUCGUAGGGUAUGCCCCGGGAAGCCAUUGGGACUAGCCACGGUUCACUUGUGGCUUGCACGACUUCUCCAACACUAUAAGUGGCUUCCGUCAUCCGCAAAAGCAGUAGACCUUUCAGAGUGCCUAAAACUCUCUCUUGAGCUAAAGACACCAAUGAAAUGUCGUGUGGUUGUACGAUAGACACAGUUUACGAACGUACGUUCAUUUGUAUUCUAAAACUCCCUCCUUCAAAUAAUAAUGUAACUAAGUUACUUUGUUCAAAUUUGUAACUAAAACAAUAUAUUUAAUUAACGAACGUCGGCAUCA